AUGGUUGCGAUGUGGACUUGUCCCAACUGCGUUCGUGCUACACCAAAGACUGCUAAAGGCGAUGAUACUCCUAUACGUAAUAUCACAACGAUUAGAGGUAAUAAAAAUUUUAAAAUCACGGACAGCACUAGUUCGCCCAAGCAAAAUGUGGCUGUUAGCAGAGGAAAUAAAAGACCGGCGCUCCACUCACCGCCCUUAGAUAAUAGUAAACCAUCUAACACAUCUUUUACUAAGGAUGACAUACGCAUUGUUGUGCAGGAUGCAGUAAAAUCGGAAUUGGAGGCAGUGUUGGGCACAUUUAAGGAUAGCAUAAUUAGCGCACUACAUUCUCAAACACAGCCGCUCAGGGAAGAGAUCGGACAGUUAACCACUGCCGUGUCAUUUCUUAGCGCUCAAUAUGAUGAAAUAAGGAAGGAAUAUGACACUGCGAAGAAGAUUAUACAAGACCUACAGACAGAGAAUGAAUCGCUGAAAAGUAAUGUUACACAAUUGAGCAUGAAAAUUGACGAACUUGAACAACAAACAAGAUCAAAGAAUAUCGAAAUACAGUGCGUCCCAGAGAACAAAAAUGAAAACUUAGUUGAAGUUAUCACCGAGCUGGGAAAAGUUGUGGGCUGCGAGAUAAAAGAGAACGACAUCACCAUCUGCACACGCGUCGCGAAAAUUAAUAAGAGCAGUAUGAGACCACGAGCUAUUAUUGCUCAAUUUACUACCUUGAGAACACGUGACAGUCUACUUGCAGCAUCUAUUAAAUAUAAUAAAUCAAACACGCAGAAUAGACUUAGUAGUUCUCUACUUGGAAUCUCUGGUAGUAACACACCGAUCUUUGUGGGUGAACACCUGUCCCCUGCCAACAAGGCUCUUCAUGCGGCGGCUAGACAGAUAGCCAAGGAAAAAUCGUACAAACACGUAUGGGUGCGGAAUGGAAGAGUAUACAUGAGGAAGACCGAUGAAUCAGUCUACAUUUUGGUAAAAAAUAAGGACACCCUAGAAAAACUAAAGUAG